AUGCCGAAUAUAAAGGUGUUCUCGGGUUCUUCUCACCCUGAUCUCACCCAGCGUAUCUGCGAGAGAUUACAAAUUGAUGUUUCCAAAGCAUCAUUAAAAAAAUUCAGCAAUCGAGAAACGAAUGUAGAGAUAGGGGAAAGUGUCAGAGGUGAGGAUGUUUAUAUCAUCCAGAGCGCUUGUGGAGAAAUUAAUGAUCAUCUGAUGGAGCUUCUAAUCAUGAUCAACGCCUGCAAAAUUGCAUCUUCAUGCCGCGUUGCCGCCGUCAUACCUUGUUUCCCAUAUGCUCGACAAGACAAAAAAGAUAAGUCGAGGGCUCCAAUCAGUGCAAAACUGGUUGCAAAUAUGUUAUCAGUUGCUGGGGCUGAUCAUAUAAUAACGAUGGACCUUCAUGCAUCUCAAAUUCAGGGAUUUUUUGAUAUACCAGUAGAUAAUCUUUAUGCAGAACCCGCAAUUUUAAAAUAUAUUAAGGAAUCUAUUCCCAACUGGCAGAAGUCAGUUAUCGUUUCUCCAGAUGCAGGCGGUGCUAAAAGGGUGACAUCAAUCGCAGAUCGUUUAAACGUUGAUUUCGCUUUAAUCCACAAGGAAAGAAAGCGUGCAAAUGAGGUGGAGAAAAUGACGCUUGUUGGCGAUGUUCGUGAUAAGGUUGCCAUUCUGGUAGACGACAUGGCUGAUACAUGUGGGACUAUAUGUUUAGCGGCUAAAAAGCUGGUGGAGGCAGGAGCGGAAUCAGUUUAUGCCUUUUGUGUUCAUGGUAUAUUUUCUGGGAGAGCAAUUGAGAGGUUGAAAGAUUCGGCUUUUAAAGCUGUAGUGGUAACGAACACAAUACCUCAGGAGGAGAAUAUGAAAAGAUGUCCAAAAAUCCAGUGCAUCGACAUUUCUAUGAUUUUGGCAGAAGCAAUUCGUCGCACUCAUAAUGGGGAAUCAGUGUCUUAUCUUUUUUCACAUGUCCCAAUGUGA